GCUUGGGGUAGAGAGAGCUGAUUUGGUAAUGCCGGCUGUGAUGUUCAGCAUCGACAGUAUUUUGUCAGGGGGCAGGUCUCGCUGUAAGGAGGCAGCGUCUCUUGCUGGCGCUCCGCUGCCCAGCUACCCUGGCUUGGCGGCUGACUCCCUGUGCGCCGGCGCUGAGUAUCUGGGGCUGUAUUCUCCGGCCGUGGCUCCACCGCCUCCUCCACCUCCUCCUCCGCCGCCCCCUCAGCACCCCAACCUGGCAGUCGGUGGCUCAAGAAUGGGCUACAAUUAUUACUAUGUGCCCGGUUCGCCCCGGGCCUCUUGCUGUGGCACUGUACCGACCUGCCAACCUCUGACCACACAGCACUGCUCCUGCAUCCCGCCAGGGUUGGAAGGGGCUGCAUCUGCCUACCUGUCCCCAGUUGCCCCGCAGGUGCUGCCCUACGUAAGUCUGGGGGCUCUAUCCCGCACCGAGCUGCAGCUUCUGAACCAGCUCCAUUGCCGAAGGAAGCGUCGCCACAGGACCAUCUUCACAGAUGAACAGCUGGAAGCUUUGGAGAAUCUAUUUCAGGAAACGAAGUACCCAGAUGUGGGCACCAGGGAACAGCUGGCCAGGAGGGUCCAUCUCCGGGAAGAGAAAGUGGAGGUCUGGUUCAAAAACCGUCGAGCCAAAUGGAGGCGGCAGAAGAGAUCAUCGUCAGAGGAGUCAGACUCCCAGAAAUGGAACAAAAUUUCCAAAACCACCCUGGCAGGAAAGCCUUCAGGAGAAGUGAUUGCGGCAGCCCAAGAAAGUGAGUUAGACUCAGACAGCUGAUAACUGGUGCCGACUGCGAGCACUCACCCACCCCUCAGCUCAAACUGUGGCUGGUAUCUUGCACAUUGUCCAUCUCGUGGACUGAGGAUGCUGUAAAUACUGUAUAUAUACAUAUUAUAUAUAUGUGCGUGUGUAUGUGUGCCUGUUUUGUUAAUAAAAACAAUG